AAAUCGCUUUGAAAAAUGAGUUCAUCAACCGAAAUUGAAAGGAAUUUGGAAUUAGAAAUUCUUUGCAAAAACAUUCAAUGUGCUGAUAAAUCAAAACGACAAGCAGCAUUGAAUGAACUCUUACAAAGCGUUUCAAAACAAUCGACUGACGAGGAUUUAAAGAACUUACUUGAUCUAACCUAUUUGCAUUUGGUGAAGUGCUACACUGAUAAAUUCGAAGCGAUACGUUCGCUUGCCAUCUCGAUUGUGAAUGAAUUUUUAAAAUGUUUUCAAACACGAAAUGAAUUCUUUUUGGAUUACAUUAUACCAACGAUGAGACGACGCAUCGGUUUACCGGAGAUGGUUGAAGAAAGUGAAGAGAUUCAAUUGGAAUUACUGACACAACUUGGGCACAUCGUUGAAAAAUUUCAAUCGAAUGACACGGACACGUUGAUGAGAAUUUAUAAUGAUAUAAUGGAUAUUUUGGUGAGAAAUUUAACGAAUCGCUAUGCCAAUGCACAUCGGGAAUGUUGCAAAGCUAUUCAAUUGUUGGCCACAGCAACACCAAGUUUUUAUAUGCGUGCAGAAAGUUUAGUGGAUCCAUUGACCGAACUGUUGUGUCAUCGACAGUCAGCCACACGGACGAUUGCUGUGGAAACGUUGGGUGUUGUUUGCUUGUACAUCACCAAUAAAAACGAUAAAAUUGUGAAGAGCAUCGUUUCGAUUUCACCGUUAUUAACUGAUUCAGUGGCCGCUGUCCGGCGCAUGUGCGGAAUUAUUGGCUGUAAAUGGCUGAUUGAACUUCGUGAUCGUUACUCAUUUUUUGAACGAAUUGUUCCAUUGGUUUUAUGCUGUUUAAAAGACGAUUUGGUUGACAUUCGCGAAGAGAUAAAUACUCAUUUCAUUCGUUGUGGCGAGCAAUUUUUCGACGAGAAUCAACAGGAACUGCAACGAAUUGAGUUGAUCGAUCAUGAAUAUCCGUGUUCAAACUAUGUUGCGUUGGUGACAAAAACGCGUCCAACUCUUGGUUGUCGUGCACUGGUUGAAAAGAGUCUUCGAAUGAUCAAUAUCAUUGUGAAGGAAAUGCUUGAUUGGAAAGAGCCCGUUCGUUUGCAUUCAUUAAAAUUACUUUGGGAAGUGGUGCUAUUCGCCGAAAAAGCCUUUACAUGUAAAUUCAUCGAAGUGUUUCCCGCCUUGGCGAAAGCAUGUCAAGACGAUGAAAAUAGUGUGGUUAAAGAAGCAAAACGUGUGGCAUUUUUAAUGGGACAAUUAUUGAACUACAACGAUUGGAUGGAAAUUACAAUGAGAGAUCUAAAAAAAUUCCCAAAUUGCUUGGGAAUUUUACGAUGUUUCAAUUCACUAUUUGCUGGCGCAGAAAUUGAACAUAAACGAAAUAGCGUUGAAGAAAUCGCUAAACUUAUUUCUACAUCGGAAAUGUGUCAUAAUCUCAAUGAGGGCUAUCAAAGUGCUUUGCUGGAUCUCAUUGAACAAAUGGUUAACAUUCAUUUGACGAAGAUUGAAAACGAGUCGGGCGAGGAAAAGUACCUAUUUGAAAUAUUGGUGAAAACAAUCGCUUUGUCAAAUGCACAUGAAAAUAACGAGAUUGCCACACGCGGCUUGAGUUUGUACGAAACGUUCUGUAAGACACCAGAAAAUCGAGUAUUCUUACAAGGAAUGCACAUGACCGAUGUUAUAAAUGACAUUGAAGAUCUUGAUUGUGAACACUCCGAGAGAUCAGAACGGAUUAUAAUGCUCUUUGGAUGCAUCAAACUGUGCGGCUUUCAAAAAGAAUACUUUUCUUCCAUACAAACUGCCGUUAAACUGGUUUUAGAAAACAGUACAGCGAAUGCACAAAUCAAAAUUCUUUCGGGCCUGUCGAUGGCAUUUUUAAAUUGGAACCACGAGAAUAUGCAAGGCAGCGCCAUGAAUUUGCUAAGCAUAUUUAUAGAAGACAUUUUGGAACCAGUGCUGAUUUGGAAGGCUGGACGUAAUGCCGAAUCUAUUCGUGCCAUGGCCACGCAAGCACUUUGCUCAAUCGGAUGCUCUUGUCCAGAUGAAGCGCGUGAAAUAUUCCCGAAAUUGUCAAAAAAUUUAAUUUCAUUGAUUGAAGAUGAAUUGGCGGUAACAAGGGCAUAUGCGAUUCGUUGCGUUUUGAAAGCUGGACCUUUUUUAUAUGAAGAUUACCGACAUUUAGUUACAGAAAUUCUAAGUCGAUUGGACGAUCCAUGUGCAAAUGUUCGAUGCCUCGCAAUCGAGUGUUUACCACAACUUGAAGUGAAUCCCAGCGAUGACAUGUUUAGCGAAACGGGCUACUCCUCUUUGGUCGAAUAUAUUAUCUCUCGCCUGUUCCUAUAUCUCGAUGAUCCUUAUAUCAAAAUUCGACCGAUUUUAUUGGAUUCACUGGCGAAACUGCAAAAAAAACACCCGGUCGUAUUUGAGAAUGAAAUCAAAAAAUUGCCGACAAAUUAUCUGUACAAUGAUAUCAUCGAAGAUUUGAAAAGUGCACGAUUAGAGUAAAAAAAAACAUUCACAUUGAAAGCACAAUCCGGAUUACUACUCAAAGAAAUAUAUUGAGAACUGUCCAAGGAAAACAACAAAUACGAUACAAAAAAAAUGUUUAUUAUCAAUUUAACUACACUCCAAACCUGAAUGGGUUAAAAUAUUCACCUCAAAAUAAAUAGUAUUUACCAUACACCGAGUGGA